GACCAGAGGCACGUAGGGCCGCUGUGCUGUGAGAAGAGCCCAGGGCGCUGCCAAGGGCUCAUCCUGCAAAGUGACCGCCGAGGGCUGAACUCAGAAGUUCCCUGUCCUGGCCUCCUGUGGUAGCUUCGGUGAGAACCCGCGAGGGAGCAGCGAGGCCCGGGGGUCAGCAAGCCUGAGCAGGAUGCGGGCUCCGGGAGCGGGGACGGCCUCGGUGGCCUCGCUGGCGCUCCUCUGGCUGCUGGGGCUUCCGUGGACCUGGAGCGCGGCGGCGGCGUUCGGUGUGUACGUGGGCGGCGGCGGCUGGCGCUUCCUGCGUAUUGUCUGCAAGACGGCGAGGCGGGACCUCUUUGGCCUCUCAGUUCUGAUACGUGUGCGCCUGGAGCUGUGGCGACACCGGCGUGCAGGAGACACGAUCCCACGCAUCUUCCAGGCCGUGGCCCGGCGGCAACCAGAGCGCCUGGCGCUGGUGGAUGCAAGCAGCGGCGUGUGCUGGACCUUUGCACAGCUGGACACCUACUCCAAUGCCGUGGCUAACCUGUUCCACCAGCUGGGCUUCACGCAAGGCGAUGUGGUGGCCGUGUUCCUGGAGGGCCGGCCUGAGUUUGUGGGGUUAUGGCUGGGCCUGGCCAAGGCUGGUGUGGUGGCCGCACUGCUCAAUGUCAACCUGAGGAGGGAACCUCUGGCUUUCUGCCUGGGUACAUCAGCUGCCAAGGCCCUCAUUUAUGGCGGGGAGAUGGCAGCAGCGGUAGCGGAGGUGAGCGAGCAGCUGGGGAAGAGCCUCCUCAAAUUCUGCUCCGGAGACCUGGGGCCCGAGAGCCUCCUGCCCGACGCGCAGCUCCUGGACCCCAUGAUCGCAGAGGCGAGCACCAUACCUCUGGCACAAGUCCCCGGCAAGGGAAUGGAUGAUCGACUGUUUUACAUCUAUACUUCGGGAACCACGGGGCUUCCUAAGGCGGCUAUUGUGGUACACAGUAGGUACUACCGCAUUGCAGCCUUCGGCCACCACUCCUACAGCAUGCGUCCGGCUGACGUGCUCUAUGACUGCCUGCCGCUCUACCACUCUGCAGGGAACAUCAUGGGUGUGGGGCAGUGCGUCAUCUAUGGGCUGACCGUGGUGCUGCGGAAGAAGUUCUCUGCCAGCCGCUUCUGGGAUGACUGUGUCAAGUACAACUGCACGGUAGUGCAGUACAUUGGUGAGAUAUGCCGCUACCUGUUGAGGCAGCCAAUUCGCGACAUCGAGCGGAGGCACCGCGUGCGCCUGGCUGUGGGUAACGGGCUGCGGCCGGCCAUCUGGGAGGAGUUCACGCAGCGCUUCGGUGUGCGGCAGAUCGGCGAGUUCUACGGCGCCACGGAGUGCAACUGCAGCAUCGCCAACAUGGACGGCAAGGUCGGCUCCUGUGGCUUUAACAGCCGCAUCCUCACGCACGUGUACCCCAUCCGUCUGGUCAAGGUGAAUGAGGACACGAUGGAGCCGCUGCGGGAUGCCCAGGGUCUAUGCAUCCCGUGCCAGCCUGGGGAGCCUGGCCUUCUCGUGGGUCAGAUCAACCAGCAGGAUCCUCUGCGACGCUUCGAUGGCUACGUUAGCGACAGUGCCACCAGCAAGAAGAUCGCCCACAGCGUAUUCCGCAAGGGCGACAGCGCCUACCUCUCAGGUGAUGUGCUGGUAAUGGACGAGCUGGGCUACAUGUAUUUCCGUGACCGCAGCGGGGACACCUUCCGCUGGCGCGGGGAGAACGUGUCCACCACAGAGGUGGAAGCCGUGCUGAGUCGCCUGCUGGGCCAGACGGACGUGGCCGUGUACGGGGUGGCUGUGCCAGGAGUGGAGGGCAAAGCUGGCAUGGCAGCCAUCGCAGAUCCCCACAGCCAGUUGGACCCUAACUCCAUGUACCAGGAACUGCAGAAGGUUCUGGCUUCCUAUGCCCGACCUAUCUUCCUGCGUCUUCUGCCGCAGAUGGAUACCACAGGUACCUUCAAGAUCCAGAAGACCCGGCUGCAGCGGGAAGGCUUUGACCCACGCCAGACGUCAGACCGGCUCUUCUUCCUGGACAUGAAGCAGGGCCGCUACCUGCCCUUGGACGAGGGAGUGCAUGCCCGUAUCUGUGCUGGAGACUUCUCACUCUGAUGGCCCUGCGAGUGGAAUGGGCCUGGACUCCUGAGCCCUGGGCACCACCUGACCAGCAGCUCUGGAGGGCAUGAGAAACUGGAACCUGAGCGGCCAGGUGUCUUCCCCACAUCCCACUGUGCAUCCAUCCAGCCUCCGCCUUUCUGUUUUUCUCCGUCUCUUCUCCCCACCCACCAGGAACCCAACAGACACAUCCUGCUGCUGUGUCCUGCACUGAGACCAGUGUCCAAUGGUCCAGACUAUAGCACCUACCUCCCUCACCAUUGUGCCUUAGGAACCUGUCCUCAGCUCCCUGUGGAGCAGGUGGCCCAUCCAGCUGACCCUCCCUGCUGAGGGUCUGUAGCUCAAUCCACAGUAGCUGGGCGACAUUGGCACUCCCCCACUGACCCCCAGUCAACUGGAAAUCUUAGUUUUUUGUUUUGAGACAGUGUCUCACUGUUGAGGCCAAUCAGGCCUCAAACCCGCCGUCCUACUGCCUCCGCUAGUGAGUGCACCACCCUGCAGUCCAGUCUGAGAGAAUAACAUUUAUGCACUAUUGUUCCCUAGGCUCCCACUUUCCCUCAUGUCCUGGAAGCUUCCGGAACUGACUACUUGGAUGUGACUAGUGAUGGCCCUGCCCACAUGUGUCUGUUCAGGGGUCCCCAGGUGUGUCCUCUUGGGGCCCUGACCCUAGCAAAGCUUGGGUGUCUUAUUUCACAGCAGGAGAGACCCAAGAAGACUGCUGUGGCAUUCUCUUGGGCAGCCCUGGUGCCAGCCCUGGAAGUGCUUCGCUAGUGCAGACAGCCCAGACCCUGUUGCUCUGGCUCCCACGUUCCCCAUUGGGUCAUCGGUGACUCAGCUCAGUCACCAAGCCAGGCUUCUGCCACAUGAUGGGUGUGAACAGCACAGCACCCACAAGCUGCCCACGACCCUCCGCACACAAAUGUCAUUUAAGAAAUAAACAUGCUGAGCCUUGUCACCUGCCAGAGCACAGCAUCUCUGGUCUAUCUCGACCUAGGUGCUUUCUGCAGGUCACAGCUGAGCAAGCUGAAGCUGGGCA